AUGAGCACGAAGAAUACAGACGUGCAGAAGAUAAGAAACGCACAAGCUCAUGGCGACCGAAAGCUCUGGAAGCUUAUUGAUGAUCUGAAGCAGUUUGUCAUAUCAUUAGCAGCUCACAUUAAAACUCGAGAACAAGUAGCGACGGAAAUGAUUGAUUGGUGGAGCACCUUGGACGAAGGCUUACGGAGAAAUCUGAGCAGCAGAUUUAAAAGUUUCAAUUCACUAGAAUACCAUAAACGUAAAACUGAUAGUGAAAAUGAAUGA